UUUACAGACAGAAAGGAAGGCGGUAAAAGUGUGUCUGCUCUCUGCCGAUUAAUGUGAGAAAUAGAACUUUUAUGUUACUGACCCCAUACAUAAUAAACCAUUGCAUGUCAGUCUGUGGUUCAUAAGGUUGAAAUGGAUACAAGGUGAUUUUCAAAGAGUUGACAGUUAUCAAUGCCUUCCAUCAAUCAGUAAAUUGUUAGUUCAUACACACUGCCCUCGUCUCACUUAUUCUUCAAUGGAGCAGUCAAGGUUGACAGUCUGGGUCAAGGGCUUCCUGCGCCUUUGUUUUGUGCUUGUGAAUAAUGCAUACACAAUUCCCACCUAUGUGAUUUGGAUGUUACUUCUGACACCUCUACGAUUUCUCCACCCUGAACUUUUUUGGCGAAUCGAAGGCCUUUUUUUCCAUUGGCUUCUUGCAAUGGUUAGCAUGUGGAGUUGGUCGGCAGGCUAUGAUGUUGUUGAGCUUGGGGAUGAUUACCGUCUUUGCUUGCAUAGUCCAGCUCUUAUCAUUGCAAAUCAUCAAUCAACAGCUGAUGUUCCUAUGCUAAUGGCAGCAUACAAUGCAAAACCAAAUAUUUUACCAAACAUUAUGUGGAUAAUGGAUCGAGCAUUCAAGUUCACUAAUUUUGGAAUAGUAUCCAUCAUGCAUCAGGACUUCUUCAUACAGAUACGAAGAGGAAAACGAGAUGAAUGUCUCAAGGAACUGAGGGACCAUCUUCAUAACUCAUUUAGUGCCUUAGGCCGUCACUGGAUGAUUUUAUUUCCUGAAGGUGGGUUUCUUCGAAAGAGACGAGAAACAAGUCAACGGUAUGCACUAAAAAACAACUUGCCUGUGUUGGAGCAUGUUUCUCUUCCAAGAACUGGUGCCAUGGAAGCCAUUGUGGAAGAACUAGCAGUGCCAUACCAACCAUCAAGCAAAAUUAGUCACGUUUCUCAAUCUAGUUUGCAUAGUGGUAUGAAUAUUAUUCUUUAUUACAAAAUUAUGCACCAUCUAUCCACUGUUUUUUUGUACUAUCAUGUUUUUACAAUCAAAUUUUAUUUUUUAGGGCCUAAAUUAAUAAAUUGGGUACUUGACCUAACCAUAGCUUAUCCAGAAGGUAAACCAUUGGACCUUCCUACAAUUAUCACUGGAUGGCGAGAACCCUGCAAGACCUACUUAUUUUAUCGUGUUUUUAAUAUGGCUGAUAUUCCAAGAGAACAAGAAGGCUUAACCAAAUGGCUGUUUGAUCGCUGGGUUGAAAAAGAGGAGAUGUUAAAACAUUAUUAUGAAACUGGAAAAUUCCCAGUAGAAAAGUUUUCAUCUCAUCCUAUGCCUACACAAGUUAUUUCACAAGAUGCCCUACGUUUUGUCAUUCUUCACAUUUUCUUCCUUGUAUCAAGCUAUGUCCAUUAUCGUAUGUUUUCUUUUGUUUAUCAGUUUUGGUAGCUAAAUCCCAAAUUAUUUCAGAGUAUAUUGUCUUUGGGUUAUGAAUAGUUUUGUUACUUGUGCUGAAAUUCAGUAGUUAAUGAAUUCUGAAGUUUGCCUUUUAAUUAUUUGCACAAAUUUUUGGAAUGGUGGUAUUGUUUAUCCAAACACCUUUUAAGUGAUGGUAGAUUUUUAAAAAGAAAGUAUUCUGCUGAAAGAUAGUUUUACGUGUUCUUUCUACAAAAUUAAUGAAAACAGGAUCAUAUUACCGUAUGGCAUCUAGGGGCCUUUCUAGCUGGUUUCUCUUUCAUCAGAAAUUAUAGUGUGGCAUUAGGAAAGUCUGAUAUUAUCAGUUCAAAUAGCCUGUUUCUUUUAAUUUUUUUCAUCCUUUCCUGUAUUUGUUUGACAGAGGUGUUUGGUAAAUUGUCAAUGUUUGAAGUGGUUUUACCACUGGUUUAUUUGGUGAAAAGUCCUUAGUUUUAAAGUAGUGUAAAAAGAGUGCAAAGAAACUCUUGUUAAGUAGCCAAAGUUAAAGCAAGGCAUAUGAACAAAUUUGAGUUCUAUUGUGUGUUGCGAUUGCAUGUUAAUGCUUUUCAGCACAUCAACUCAUCACACUGUUCUGAAUGUCAGUUGCUCUUGCAUGCUGAUUUCAAAAGUAAUUGUCUUCUAUUGUUGUAUUGUUAAGUUAGUUUUAAGGCAAGAGUGCUGUAUUUUAUAUAUUUGUCACAUUACCAGUACAGUGUUUGUCUCUCUCUUUUAACUUAAAUGCUCUACACAAAUUUUAUUAUUGUCAUCUGUCAGUUAAGAUAUUCAAUUGAAUCCUUUUAAAAUUUAUUUCAAUUUAUGUUUCAGUUGCUACUUGAAUGCUAGGUCAUGAACGCUAUUAUCAAUGUUCCUAAUUCUUAGUUUUUCACAUAUUGCUUCAAACUGAAUGUAAUUUAAUCUUUAAUCUUCAAAUGAGGUCGAUAUCAAGCUUUUCGGUUUGUGGAAACUUCAAUGCUCAAAAGCAACGGAACUGUAAGGUUAUGAGGACUAUGGAAAGAUUAUCGAUGAUUAUUCCCUCUUUUUAAAGUAAUAUUUUCAGAAUCUAUGUGGAUAGUAGUCUACAUUCAGAACUGAUGUACACAGACUGAAAUUUAAUGCAGCCUAAAAGUAAUCAAAUCAUAUUCCUGUUUUGUAUGGUUCCAUAAUGCACAACUCAAGAGCAAUAAGCUAAUACUGUAAUUUCAAAUAUUCCUUAUUAUGUGCUUCCCAACAAUUUUGCACAAAACUUGCUGGUGCAGCUUUAUUGCUUUGUCAGUUAAAUCCACUGUAUAUAUUUGAGUUGACUGUGUCAAUUCAUUAGGAUGAGCAAAUGUUAAUUUGUGAGGAGUCUUAAGAUAUCUUGAUGAGCAGCUGUGUACAAAAACCUUUGUGAUAUGAUUCUUUACCUGUACUUUGUACACUAACCUUCCUUGAGGUAUAGAUCACAAAUGCUUGGUUUAUUUUCAUCUUUAAGAGUUAGUAUUUGUACUGCUGGAGUCAAUUUUGUAAUAGUGUUAUACGCAGGUGUAUUUCACAAAGUGGGCCUUAUCUGUGAACUUUACAGUUGUUAUUGAUUAGACCGAAUGACUGAGGUGAACCUUACGUAAUCCUUUUGUGCAACAUAUUUGCUUUGGUCUUCUCCCACUAGUAUGUCGUGAGAUUUAUUUUUUAUGAAGAGGUUAGAUAAUGAAGUAAAUGUGAUCUAUUGCAGUCUAUCAUAUCCAGUUUUGCAUGAGGAAAGUUUGUUGGUCUUGCCUUGUUUUUGUUUUGGACAGUGGUAUUGGUGAUAAGUUAUUAGUAAACAUAUGAUGUUUAGAAAUUCCUACAAUUUUAUUAAGAAUUUCGAGUGCUACAACUUACUUUUGAGUAUUGCUUCAAAAUUGUGUUGGAUUUAAGUAAAAGUCACCUCAGUCACUGUGUUUGAUCACAAUCUAGUUUUACCUGUCAUUUCAUGUGAUGUACUCGGGAGGCAACCAAAGACCUAAAUUAGACUCUGAAUUUAUGUUAUUAAGGUACUAUGAACGUACCUUUCCAUCAUUGGCUCUGCAUCUAAACCAAUAUUAUACAGAAAUGAGGUCUUGCAAGAUUUAAUCAAAAUCAGUCAAAGAUCAUUUUUCUUGAUAAUUGUUAUCUUAACAAAAUAUUUGUGGUAUGGCACUUUCUGGAACAGUCUUCUUUAUUCAGAUUUGUCACUUUUCAUACAAGGUAGUGUUCCUUAGAAACCACAUUUAAUCAUCAGGAGAGAUCCCUAUAUUUUGAAAUGGUUUUUGAAUUGUGAUGUAAUUUAGUGUGUCUUUCUUAGAUUAAACUUGUCUUACAAUUACUAUUAAAAUUUUGUGUCCAUUGCUGAGUAAACUGUCAAGGCAUAACAGAAAAGAAAGGUAUCAGUUGUCUUACCAAACAGCUAAAAAUUGUUUUCCUACGACUUGAAUUUCUCUUUUUACAGAAUUGCGUGUCUCCCAAUAUGAUAAAGGCAAUGAUGUUGACGGUAUUCCUGGUAUGUACCUGUUACCAUGAACAGUAUUUUGUUUGAUUUUGCCUAUGGGUUCUAUGUUUAUCAGACACAAUCUAUCUAUGUUUGACUUGAAAGUGUGUGUUGCUCUACAACUCCUGUGAAAAUGUAAUAACAAUUCAGGUGUUUUUAAGAAUAUGAACUAAUUUUUGCAGGCCCAUGUAAAGGUUUAAUUUUCGCGGUUUCUGUAAGCAUUAACUUUUUUUUUCUACAGCAUCUUUAAUAGCUUCCAUUCAAUUUGUAAAUUAACUUACUUUUAUGCAUCAAAGUAGUCAUAGGUUAGACCUUACCAUAAGCUUUGCCUGUGUGUCUGUGAAUAAUGGGGCACUGCUUUUUGAAGUUUUGGUUUUUGUUAAACAUCUUUGUUGUUUUUGUUGUUCAAAAUGUGCUGUGCUCUUUUUCUCCGAACAGUACUAUGCUGUUCAUUUGUCACUACCUACUUCUGCCCUGUCUCUUGUGCUAGAGUUUUAUUAUUUUAGCUAAAGAAAUUGAUAAAAUUGCUCAUCUCCUGUGAAUCAUGACAGCUUCUCCAAAGAUACCAAUUACUGCCAUGGACUUUGGUGUCUGUUUAGCAUCUAAAUGCUGCCAUAGAAAUGUCACUGGGUUUUUCAUUGUUUUAUGUACUUUAUAAUUAUUCUACCUUCCGCUUUAAACAUUUCCAGGGUGGUGGGGUUUAAUUUGUGUGAACCAGAUUUAAGUUCAUUCCAAAUUAUUUCUUUCAUCAAGGCUUCCAUUUUUCCUUCAUUUUUUCUUAUCUUAUCUAUUAAUGCACAAAGUGUUUUCAUACCUAUUCAGUUAGUAGAGGAGGUAGAAUGUAAUUUAAGGUACAUUUUUAUGUCAUCUGGGUCCUCAUCAAUCCCAUCUUGUUUUCCUUUUCUCCAUCGCCUUUGUUCACAAAUGCAGUAUCAGGAAACCUUUACCUGAAGGAAAUUAAAAGUACUGUUUGACAUUAUCAUAAGAUUUGCACUUAGUUUUCUUAAGCUCUGUAGAUACUUCAUUUCUACUGACAGUUGUACCUGCCUAAAAUUGUAACACUUUUGCAACUAAAAGCCAGUUGAUAAAAUUUUCUAAUUGUCAUGAAAUUUUGAACUAGAAAAUAACUUAUUUUUAUGUGAUGUGAUUUUGAUUUACCAAAACCUUUGAUAAAUGACCUACUUGUCAUUGAAAUUUUCUUGGAUGUAAUGAUGUGAAUGGUACAAGGCUUUUCAUAUGACCUCAGCAUAGAAAAGUGCCUGGGAAAGGUUUAAAAUGCCUGAGUGGAUUUACAAGUUGUGCCUUACUUUCAUUAAUAUUAUUCCUUGUAUUAAUAAUAAUGAUAAACUUCAUUUUGAAAGAAAUGUUUUACCAUUGUUGCCGAAAACAAACUUUCAUUGUGACCACUGAUAGUGCUAAUAAAUAUAAUAAGUUUGUAUUUGGAUUUAUUGUUGUCAGUAAUCAUCUCCAGUAACCUUCAACCAACUCUGGAUUCAGUACUUGUUUUCCUUUUUUGUUUGUUGUAUUUUGUUCUUUUUUUUUUACGCACCUGAUGUGAGAUGUGUGUAUUGUCAACUGUUAAGCAAAUGAUCAUAUAUCAUUAUGAUUGUUAGAUGCUUUCCAUAACUGUCAAGUUAUCUGUGAUUUAAGUUUUGAUAUUCUCAAAUACUUUCUGUUAUCAGUCUUCAUGGUACAUACUGUAUUAUUGUUGUUGGAAAAGCAAGGUUUUCAAGCUGACAAUAAUUAAAUAAUGAGUUACAGUACAUAAAAACUUUCAGCAGUUGAAACCAUAAGCUAUCAUAACAGUACAUUUACAAUUCAGCACAACCACAGAGGUACACUUUCAAUAACCCUGCAGGAAGUUGUGGUAAAAAUUUCAUGCUGCAUUGUCAUGAGAGGGUGUAUAAAUGUAAUGGCUUUCACCACUGUUUGUUUUUAUUAAUUGCUGCAUUCUUAGUGGUGUUUUUGAGGGGGCUUGUAACUUGCCGAAGUUUUGAUUAAAAAUGGGACAUGCUGUACCUGUA